AUGGUUUCCUUCUACCUGGAAUGUGAACAAACCAGUUCUGCAGCAUUUAGCAUGAUGUACUCAGACAUCCCAGAUGAGGGAAAGGAGAGUAUCAAGUCUACAGACAGUGUUGACAACCUGUACAAAUCCAUCUAUGCAUACCCUAGUAAUUUCGUGAAUGAUCUCAAGCUCCAAAAAGGGGACAUCUUAGAGGUGAUUGCAGAAAACGAACACUGGUUGUACGUAAGGAAACAUAAUGUGACAGAUGUUGAAGAAAAGGGAAACGUACCUAGAGAGUUUCUUAAACCAGCCAGAAGUUUGGAGGCAAAUCUAUGGUAUUUUGAAAAUAUCAAAACGCGCAUCGAUGCCAAAAGAUGCCUCCUAAGACCAGAAAAUCUUGAGGGUGCAUUUCUUGUGUGGAGAAGUACAAAAAACAAUUGCUUCUACCUGUCAGUGAAAAAUGGCCCUUAUGCAAGACAUUACCGAAUUAAAGAGAGAGAAUCUGACAAGCCGUUUUACCUUGUUGAACAGAAAACGUUUAAUACCAUUCCUGAAUUAGUGAAAUCAUAUUCCAAGGAUCCGGAUGGACUCUGUGCACGCCUUAACAAUCCAUGUGUUAUGCUGGACUCACCAACUAUUCCCAGUCUGUCACCGGACACAGAGUGGGAGGUGGACAGAUCCUCUCUGACCAAAGUGAAGAAGCUCGGUAGUGGAGAGUUUGGAGAAGUGUGGCAUGGGCGCUGGAAUAAUGUGAGACAUGUGGCAAUUAAAGAGUUUCGAGUCAUCAGCCCAGCGAUUCAGACUGAGAUAAAUAUCAUGAAGGAGCUGAAGCAUGAGCACCUGAUCAGGCUGUAUGGUGUAUGCACUGCAGAUGAGCCCUUCUGUAUUAUCACAGAGCUCAUGGAAAAUGGCAGUUUAAAGAAAUACCUCAUCAGUCACAAAGCGGAGCAAGAUAUAGAUUUUUUAUGCAUGAUGGAUUUUGCAGUGCAGAUUACAGAAGGGAUGGCAUAUCUGGAGAGCAAGAAAAUAGUUCACAGAGACCUGAGGGCUGAUAACAUCCUGCUGACUAAAAUGCUGUUUUGCAAGAUAGCUGAUUUUGGACUUUCUCAGUUUACUUUUAAACAAGAAGAGGAAAUAUCUUUAGCAGUCAAAGUCCCGGUAAAAUGGAUGGCGCCUGAAAUUUUUGCUAACAAGAAAUACACAAGCAAAUGUGAUGUCUGGUCUUUUGGGAUCCUCUUGACUGAAAUCAUCACAUACGGAGAUGAUCCAUACCCAGGUAAAGACAAAGCAGCUUGUGUUCAGGCCAUUCAGAAAGGAAACAGGAUGGAGUGUCCACAAGAUUGCCCUCAAGAACUGUACAACAUCAUGUUGCUCUGCUGGCGAGCGAACCCUGAGGAAAGGCCUGCAUUCACAGAACUACAGGAAAUGCUGAUGGCUCUGAUUCCUGAACCCAUCACUGAGCUGAAGUAG